AUGUUGGAAAUUUCGGCCGUUUGCCCGGAAGGCUUGGUUGUCCUACACAAAUAUUCUACAUAUCAGCACUUUGCGAUGCAACGCAGGUCAUUAGUAAAACAUAUUGGGACGCAGAAGAGCACCAGGAGCCAUACAAAUACCACUGUUGCUGCCUGUUGUCCAAGCCAUCAUAGGCUUGUCAGUUUUCUAUGGCAUAUGAUGUAA